CUCUCAGAAACAUAACAGAGGCACAGAGUUAGAGACAGACAUAAAAACCCCAUCUAUUUGAAACAGAGAAAGAACCUUUUGCUUUUUAAUGCUUUGAUUCUCUCUCUUUUUUCUCUUUCCUGAAAAAUCGUGCUCUAUCUCUUUUUUUUUUUUGGGUUCUCUUUCUUCUCUUUCCCUCUGUAUCGUUGAAGGGUUAAGAAAGGAUAUGAAGAAGCAGCAAAAGUACGAUUAUACAGUGAAGAUGUGGAAAUGGCCAUACUAACAAUGGCUAACCAAACAAAACCCAACAAUGCAAACACUUCUCUUGCUACUGUUAGCGGUAUUAGUAUAAUUAAUAAUAAUAACGCCACCCCUGCUCAAAACCAACAACAAGUGAAAGCAAUGUUCCAUGACUUUCUCGGGAUGAAGGCAGCUGCUGCUACGACUGAUUCUCCUGUCGGUUUGGCUCCCAAGAACGCUGAUGCUUCUCCUUCUGCUUCUCUUUCUGCUGGGGCUUCUUCCGGUGGUGGUGUUCGUGGUCCUCUUUCCACUACUUCUGAUCUUGCUUCUGAAGUUUUUCUCAUAAUUCUAAUAGAAAGACAGGUCGGGAAUCAUCUUGAGGGGAUUCCAUUUUAUGGUCCAAGGAGUGAUAUUUCUGGUCCUGAGAUAAGCAACAGAGUAGGAGGAAGUAAGCGAAGUAAUUCAGAUUCUGCUUUUACGGGGUCUUCCAGGGAUGGGAUUCCGCAAAUGGGUCAUGACUCUCUUGAGAGCCUACAUUUGAUGAAGAUGAUCAAGAAUGGAGGUGGAGGAGAGAGACCCAGAAGAUCCACCAAUGAUGAUGAAGUUUUCUAUGGUAUGCAAGCAAUGAGACCAACUUCUGCAUCUCUCAUACUGCAAUCUUCUGCUGGCAGUCGACUUGAUGCCAAUGUUUCAAAAUGGGAGCGAUCUAUUCCUGUGGGAACAGCCAUACAGUAUCCCCCUCGUUCAGGUCUAUUUGUCCCUUUUAUGCAUCAAGUUCCAGCAAACAAAUUCAGGGAUAUCAAUGCUGGUCCUUCAGUUAUCUCUCAAUCAGCUGCUGAUGAAGGGUCCAGAACUGGAAUUAAAGGUCCUGGAAUUUUGAGUUCCAUCAAUACUGGCACAGGCAUUACCGAGAAAAAUUCAUCAGGGGCACUGGCAAGUGGCAGUAAACCUAAAUCUGGGACUCAUAAUUCAGAACCGGAAUUUUCAACUCCUUCAAGUCGGCACGGUUUAACAUCUGCCAGUCGUCAGAUGACUAUAUUUUAUGGUGGCCAAGCUCAUGUUUUUGAUGAUGUCCACCCAAACAAGGCAGAUGUUAUAAUGGCCUUAGCAGGAUCAAAUGGAGCAUCAUGGUCAACCACCUACUCGCCUAAACCUACCGUGAGGCCGGGUGGUGAAAAUUACAUGACUACUGGAGAAAAUGAUACCGGUGUGGCUGCUAACACCAAAUUCCAACGCGAAUUGCGCGGGAGGCUAUCGAGCAUUGGUAAUUCUACUCAAGGAAGUGGCUCUGGUGACAGAGUCUCAACACCUACAGGUAAUGAUUCAAGUUUACUACCCAAGCUAGAGAUUCGAGCUCUGAGGGCGUCAUGGCAGCAUGAUAAUAACUGAGGAGAGUAGAGAUCAAGUUAAGGCAGGAGAAGCAAGUACUGAAGAGAAAAGAGAGGUGUAAGGCAAAGGAAGUUUUGGGGUUGUCUUGUUUGUAGAGGACUUAAUUUAGCUCAUCAGAUUCAUGUUCAGAUGUAGACAUGGCCAAGCCUCUCAUAUGAUAUGCUUGUCAAUUUUUAUAUAAAUUAAAAUCUCUUCUCAUUUCUUGAAA